ACGAUAUUUUAGUUGUUCGUCAACCAGCCAGCCGGCAGCUUGUAGUGAAAAUUUGUUUAUGCUCUGAAAAUGCAAAAUAAAUAAAUAAACAAUAUGGAUACGCAAAUUAUUGAUUCUGUUAAUGAUUUUUUGAAAGUGGACUCUAUCGACGAGGCGUUUGUUAGCGUCAUUGUUUUCAAACCGGAGGACGACAAAGCAAGCAAUUUUACCAAUAAUUUGGUUACUACAUUUGCCAAUGUUGAGAAUCGCGAACAAGUGCUUCGAGCGUAUUUACUACGCGCUGCAGAAGCCCCCAGCUAUCAUAUGCAGGUGCUAAUGGGGGCUCUGCCGAAACUAGUGGAUGCACACCUCAUCACAGCAAGAAUGCUUUGCGAUAAAGUGCUGUUCUGUGAGAAACUCGACUAUGAGCGUAGAACAUUUUGGAUUGAGAGUUUUCGCCUCAUUAAGAAGGUUAUUGCCCAGGUAGACUACAAGGGUGUACGUGAGAUUAUGAAGGCUUGUCGCGACAAGGCACAAUGGUUUCCACUCAACGUCAAUGUCACAUACCUGCCACAGCUGAUGGCAGUCGAAGAGAUCUUACGCUUCAUUUUCGAUCGAAACAAUUGCCUGUUGCCUGCUUACUUCAUAGCUAACGAGAUAAUGCGACCAUUUCCCUAUCACUGGAAACUCAACAAGGUGAUGACAGACUUUGUGGAGGAAUUUCGCACCACAGCACAAAUGGUGUCGAUUAUUGGACAUGCAAAUAUGCUACCCAUUGUGGAGCACUUUGGCUAUGCGGAUCAUUUGAUGAACUCGUGGCGUCUAGAUCACAGCACAUUAAAGUUCAACUUCAAAGGCAGCCUACCAUAUGAACCAGAGUUGCUAGAGGAUCAGACCCCGCUGUUACGUUACGUGUUGGAGCAGCCAUAUUCUCGUGAAAUGGUUUCCGUUAUGCUAAAUUUACAGAAGCAUCAGAAGCAACGUUACAAUGCACUGGAGGAGCAGCUAGUCAAUCUGAUAAUACACGCUAUGGAAAUGACUGAAUCAAAUGAUGCCACUGCGGGCAGUGGCUUUAAUGCUUCCGACGAGCAAAUCACGCCCAAUGAAUGGGUGUGGCUACAUUUGUCUUCGCAAUUGAUAUACUUUGUGCUGUUCCAGUUCGUCAGCUUUAUGCACAUUGUGCUCGCACUGCACGAGAAGCUGUCUAAACUGGAGCUUCGCAAGGGCCGCGACCAACUCAUGUGGAUACUUCUCCAGUUCAUCUCGGGCAGCAUUCAAAAGAAUCCAAUAACCAACUUUUUGCCAGUAUUUCGCCUAUUUGAUCUGCUGUAUCCCGAGCAAGAGCCACUGAAGCUACCCGACUACAAUAAGUCUUCCAUGGUGCGUCACAUGGCGCCAAUUUGCAUCUGGAUUCACUUGAUGAAAAAGGCUCGUGUGGAGAACAUGAACAUAACACGUCCACUGCCCAUUGCCCUGAAGAAUCAUCACGACUUUCUUCAACAUCUGGUGGCCCCAAAUAACAUGAUGAACGCCACACUGGGCAACGAUUUUCGCAUUAUUCUCAUCUGCAAUGCCUACUCCACGAAUCAAGAGUAUUUCGCACGCCACAUGAAUAUAUUAUUGGAUGCCAUGAAUGGCAAUGCCAAGACAGCUAAUGGUACUCCAAUUCCAGCUGUUACCUAUUCCGUGGCAGUGCUCGACAGUCUGACUGUGCACAGCAAGAUGUCUCUAAUCCACAGUUUUGUCACACAAAUGCUAAAGCAGGCGCAGAGCAAGACAAUGGUGCCAGCACCUGCUUUAAUUGAAACUUACGCACGAUUAUUGGUCUACACAGAGAUCGAAUCGCUGGGCAUCAAAGGUUUUCUGACUCAAUUGCUGCCAACGGUGUUUAAGAAUCAUGCUUGGGCCAUGCUGCACACUUUGAUGGAAAUGUUUUCCUAUAGACUACAUCAUGUGCCCACUCAUUAUCGCGUCCAGCUCUUGUCGCUGCUCUAUUCUCUCUCCUCCGUGCCACAAACCAACAAAAUGCAGCUUAAUCUUUGCUUCGAAUCGACAGCAUUGCGCCUGAUUACCAGUAUUGGUUCCGCAGAAUUUCAAUCGCAAUUUUCGCGUUACAUGAAUGACAAAUCGCCCGGCACUGUGGCCUCCAAUGAGAGCGAGGAGCUGAAUCGUCUACUUAUCCUAACAUUAGCACGUUCAAUGCAUGUGCAUGGCGGAGGCGAUGAAUUGGCUGGCUGGUGCAAGGAUUUCUUGGGCAAUAUCAUGCAACAUACGCCGCAUUCGUGGCCAGUUCAAUCGUUAAAUUGCUUCCCGCCAGCACUCAGCGAGUAUUUCACACAGAAUAAUCAUCUGGCAGAGAAUAAACAACAGCUGAAGAAAUCCGUGGAGGAAGAGUAUCGCAAUUGGACAUCGAUGUCCAAUGAAAACGAUAUAAUUGCUCACUUUAUCAGACCCAAUACAAAUCCACUAUUUCUGUGUCUGCUCUUCAAAAUCAUUUGGGAGACAGAGAGCAUUAGUCCCGUGGCAUACAAAAUUCUGGAAGGGAUCAGCGCACGUGCUUUGUCCACGCACUUGCGCAAAUUCUGCGAUUAUUUGGUCGCUGAAGUGGCCAGCUACUCAGAUGGACGAGACUUUGUCCACAAGUGCGUGGAUACCAUUAAUAACAUGAUCUGGAAGUUCAAUGUGGUAACAAUUGAUCGCUUGGUCCUCUGCCUUGCCUUGCGCAGUCAUGAGGGUAACGAGGCACAAGUUUGCUUAAUCAUUAUCCAAUUACUGCUAUUGAAAGCGUCUGAGCUGCGGAAUCGUGUGCUAGAGUUCUGUAAGGACAACAAUCCCGAUCACUGGAAGCAAAACAAUUGGCAUGAGAAGCAUCUGUCAUUCCAUCAGAAUUACCCAGAGAAAUUCGCUCCCGAUGAAUCUGCGUCACAAAUUCCACUGCCCGUUUAUUUUAGUAAUGUUUGUCUACGUUUUCUACCUGUCCUCGAUGUGGUUGUGCAUCGUUUUAUUGAACUGACAAUACCGAAUGUGCAUCAAAUUCUUGGCAUCAUUCUGGAUCACUUAAAUAUACUUUACAAAUUUCAUGAUCGUCCUAUAACUUAUUUGUACAAUACCUUACAUUAUUAUGAACGUAUUCUUCGCGAUCGCUUGCCGCUAAAGAAGAAGCUAGUCAGCAUUAUAACUAGCGCCUUCAGUGAAAUCCGUCCUGCUAACUGGAGCGUAAGUGAGCCCUAUAAAGUAUAUUUGCAAAGCCAGGAUACCUUGUGGACCCCCGAAUUAAGCUACUACAUGAAUCUCAUUAGACGUUUGGCGGACACCAUAAGCGGAAAGAACGUCUUCUACACAACGGACUGGCGUUUCAAUGAGUUCCCCAAUGCCCCAACUCAUGCGCUCUAUGUUACCUGCGUUGAGCUGCUGGGCUUGCCUUUGGCACCUUCAGUGGUCGCAGGCAACAUCAUCGAUGUGAUAGUCAAUGGUUAUGCGGUGAUUCCUCAAAAGGAGAUCCAUAGUUACAUCAAUGCAGUGGGCAUUGUGCUGGCCGCUUUACCAGAACCCUACUGGAGUGCCAUCUACGAUCGCCUACAAGACAUGCUCAAUACACCCAAUAUGCUCAACUGGACGUACCGCUUCAAUGCCUUUGAAUUAUUCAAUUUUAAGACUGUGCGUGAGGCAAUGCUGGAGAAGAGCUAUGCCGUUGUGCUGGCAGUGGCACAUUCUGUCUUCCAUCACAUGGGCGCCUUCAAGCUGGCCACGAUGACACUGUAUAUUAAGGAAAAGCUGAAGCCGUGUGUGCGCACCGAACAACAAUUACUCUACCUUUGCCACGUCUUUGGACCUUUCCUGCAACGCAUUGAACAAGAAAAACCGAAUGCUGUGGCAGGCAUUGCCAUAUUCCUAUACGAAAUGCUCGAGACUGUGGACAAACAGCAUGGGCCGAAACCACUCGAGUAUAUGGAUCAAAUCUGCGACUUUCUCUAUCACAUAAAGUACAUACAUGUGGGCAAUAUUAUUAAGAAUGAAUCAGAGGCGAUUAUCAAGAGACUCCGACCUCUGCUCCAAAUGCGUCUACGCUUUAUAACCCAUCUGAAUCUAGAGGAUAUACAUACCGAAAAGGGUACUGAUGGCAAUGCGAAUGCCAAUGCCAAUGCGACAACGAAUGCAAAUCAAAUGACACGCUCGCCACUGCAACAAGUGCAGCAACAGCAACAACAACAGCAGCAGCAACAGGUACAACAACAGCAGCAAACAACAGGUGCUGGGUCAGGGAAUGCAACAACGACAAGCGUGCCGCUGGGCAGCGGGGGCAAUGCUCAGCAACAAAUGUACUUGCAGCACAUGCAACAACAGCAACAACAACAACAGCAGCAGCAACAACAUAUGCAAAAUAUGGGCAUGCGUCACAACUAGACAAACUACCACUUUUACACCUAGCUUAAGUUUAGUUCUAUGUAUUUGUAUUAGUAUUUAUUAGUGUAUAAAUGCAGUCUAGAAUUCACAAACA